GCCCCGCCCUCCGUGACGUCACCGCUAGUCUAACCCCGGCCUGGGCCGGGCUCGGGGAGGCCCCGCGUCUCCCCUGCACUCUCCGCGCUCUCCCCUCGCCUCGCUCUCCCCUCGCCUCGCUCUCUCCGCGCUCACGGCCCCACGGAGGCGCCCUCAGGCCGUCCCGAAUGAGCCGUGGCCAUGGAGAACGAGGAGGACAGCCUGAGCACCGAGCUGCAGUUCCAGGAGGAGAACGUGGUCACCACGGUGAUGGGUGAGGAGGAGGAGGAGGUACAUGACGCAGUGGCAAUGUCUCCGUGUCUGCUGACGCCACCGCACGGGAGCCUUGCGACUGAUGCGGUGACGAAGCUCAGCUCAUCGGUCACAAUGAAGCCGGCCUCCGCCUCCCAGCAGGAGGAGGAGGAGGAGGGCACGUGCAAGGGUUUCCUUCUGUACAGCGCGUCGUGCCACACCAGCACGGGCCCAGCCACCGCCCUGACCAGCUCCCCCAUGCUCACCACCCUCGCACUCCCACACCUCCACUCCUACCCGGCCCCUCCAGGUGGCAGUGUCACGGUGGACCACAGCGACGUGAUGCCCGAGGUCUCGCUGGACAGUGCUGGCUCGCUCGCCCAGCAAGACAAGAUGGUCUACAUGGCCGUGAAGGACUCUGAGCCAGAGGGGGAGGAUGUGAGGAGCUGUGUGGACAUGACGGACGAGGUAUACAUGGAGGUGAUCGUGGGCGAGGAGGAGGAGGGCGUUGCUGUGGUAUCGGAGUCGCCCCAGGGUGACGUGGCGCUGGGCUGUGACUUCCUGCCUGUGCCGUGGACGGUGGAGUACACCACAAGCCCGAAAGUGGCUGACGGAAAUGGAGACUUGGGGAUGCCGGCACAGCCGAGCAGUGCGGCGUUAGUACCGGCACUGGUACCGGCGGUGGCGGCGCGGGGAGCAGUGCACAAGAAGCGGGACGGACUUGGCGUGUCUGGUCAGCAGCAGCAGCCAUCCACAACCAUAAUCAUCGGCACCAAUGGCAAACCAUUCCACGUGCACCCGUGCAGCGUGUGCGGCAAAAAGUUCAAGACGCGGGGCUUCCUCAAGAAGCAUAUGAAGAACCAUCCGGAGCAGACCACCCGCAAGAAGUACCGGUGCACCGACUGUGGCUAUGGCACGGGCAAGAAGGCGAAUUUCCACAGCCACCUCCAGAGCCACCGCCCGGCGCUACUGCUACCGGCGACGAUGGCUGCGGCAGCCCUGGGUGGUUCGCGCCAGCACCGCGCCGAGAUGCACAAGUGCCGCUCGUGCGACUACGAGACGGCCGAGCCGUCGCUGCUGAGUCGCCACCUCGUGGCCGUGCACAGCAAGAGCUUCCCGCACCGCUGCCCUGAGUGCGGCAAGGCCUUCCGUCACCCGUCGGAGCUGAACAAGCACGUGCGCAUCCACACGGGUGAGAAGCCCUACGCCUGUGCCCUCUGCAACUACCGCAGCACCUGCGGCUCCAACCUGAAGGCUCACGUGCGGUGCAGGCACGGAGGGGCCAGCGCCGCGCUAAUGCCACCGCCACCACCACCACCACCAUUGUCAUCGCAUCGCCGCGGCAACAAGUGCAGCGUUGGACUUCUGUCGGACGGUGAAAGCCGGCAACGGCACUGCCGCACCGCCGCCGCCGCGGGCGCCGGCACUUUCCACUGCUACCACUGCGGUCACGUGAGUUUCAACAGCAACGCGCUGAAGCGCCACGUCAUCUCGAUGCACACCAAGGAUUUUCCGCACACGUGCGCAGUCUGCGGUAAAGGCUUCCACCUGCCGUCGACGCUGCGCAAGCACGCGGCGCGGCACAAGGACCGGCGGCCGCUGCACGAGUGCCGGCACUGUGGCUUCCAGAGCGGCGACCCGUUCGCGCUGAGCCGGCACAUCCUGUCGGUGCACACGAAGAAGGAGGAGGAGGAGGGGGAGGAGGAGGAUGCAGCGCUUGUGUGUAAGCGCUGCCACAAGUCGUUCCGGCAGAGGGGUGAGCUGAAGAAGCACAUGAGGAAGGUGCACAAGUGCAAUAAGCUGUACGAGUGCGAAUUCUGCGAUUACACGACGAGCGAUGCGUCGGGCUUCAAGCGCCACGUCAUCUCCAUCCACACCAAGGACUACCCGCACCGCUGUGAGCUCUGCGACAAGGGCUUCCGACGUCCAUCCGAGAAGAAGCAGCAUGUCCUCAAGCAGCACAAGGACGUGAAGCUGUACGUGGUGCAGCAGUCGGUGCCGCAGUAGCGUUGCACUCGGUUAUCACCCUUCCUCCUGUCUCCUCCGCUCUGUGAGUGGAGGUGGAGUUUGUGAUCUGGCCAGUGGUGCCAACUCAUGAUUUGUCGCAAGGAAGAAAAAUCUUGCACACAUGUGGACUGUGUAAUGCGUUCCAACGUGCGAUUGUUUCUAGAAGUAUUUAAUUCGCGUUAAUAACGUUACGCUCUGAGACUUGCAACGAGAUGGCAUCCCAGAAUAUCGCGUCGGUGUGAAUCUGCAGGGGCUGCUCACAUGAACAGAGUGAACGCUCUGCAUUCUGGAGUGACUGAGUGGUGAAUGCAUACCGGUUGCACAGGUUUGCCUGGUUGUUCUCCUGCCCCACUGUCUGGAGGACGCAUUGUUUCUAACAACAGCACAAAGCACAAUCGGGGCCGUAGGCCAGCAUGGGUGAAAGGUACUGAUUAUGCCUCAUGCAGUGGAAGCGAAUGUCCAGUUGCCAGGUUCCUCCACUGCUAGCUGAGACUCGGUUUGGCUGCCCCUGCGCAGGCAUCGGGAGCUCACCGAGUUGUGUCCCAUGAUGCCGUGCGGCCUCAAAAUGAGAGAAACUCAUGUGACCAGACCUGGAGAUCAAUGACAAUUGUAACUGUGCAAUUGGUAGUGAAUUGCAAUCAUAAUGUAAUAGUAAAUAUUUUAAGUUAACAUUGCUUUUGUAAUUAUAAUUCACUCCAGGUUUUCCAUGUGACAGUACUUUGACAAAUGAACUGCUAUUAAUCUGUUGCAGACACUUUAAAUUCAGAAUCUUUAAAGAUAAAAUAACAUGCAUGUUGUUACUGACAUGUGUAGAGAGUGGUUAGCAUGGUACUGCACUAUGAAUCCGGGGACCCGAGUUCUGAUUACCUGCCAUGGCUCACAUUUGUGGUGAGUGACGUGUGAACUGGUUCUGAGCUCAUCACGCUUCAACUGUGUGGAAUGUCCGUCUCCGCACAGGACGCACCUAUCCCUGCCCUUGCAUACGUGCAUUUGUUGUUGUGCGAAUAAUGCUGCGUCUUAUUUUCAUAAGCUCUUACUACGAGUGAAUGCUUACACGCAGUAUGGAAGAAAUAUAUCAAAUAUAAAGGGUUAACUCUUUUUUUCCUCCGAUUGAGUUUUAUAGCGUUUGGAAAUGUGUGGAGACUUUUUAAGGGCUCGAUGACUUGAAUGAACCCUAAAUCAGUACGUUUUACCGCGGACACGUUUAAAUGUACAUAAUGUGUAUACGCAUAUCUCUAUAUAUGUUUGUGUGUUUCGUAAUAAUAAAUGUGGAAUUCCCAAUCCA